CUGGGCGAGCACCCCGGGCACCACCACCACCACCACCACCAGCACCCCGGGCACCACCCGCCGCACCACGGCGGCGUCAACAGCCACGACCCGCACUCGGACGAGGACACGCCGACCUCGGACGACCUGGAGCAGUUCGCCAAGCAGUUCAAGCAGCGGCGCAUCAAGCUGGGCUUCACCCAAGCGGACGUGGGGCUGGCGCUGGGCACCCUCUACGGCAACGUCUUCUCGCAGACCACCAUCUGCCGCUUCGAGGCCCUGCAGCUCAGCUUCAAGAACAUGUGCAAGCUGAAGCCGCUGCCGAACAAG